GCGCUUCUGAUGGUCUCGAAUGCCCAGCUUCUCCAACCCAUUCCUGUGUCUGUCAACACCACAGCUCCCAUCAGUUCGAACAGAAUCGUGUCCCUCUGUCCGACAGGAUGGGCCAGGGCGUCUGCCCCUAAACCUGGCUAUGACUUGACCCGUGCCCAGCUUUGUGUGCGCGUGAACCUCCCUGGAAAACGCUGGGUCGACGCCACCGGACAAUGUCGUCAGAACAGGGGCUUCAUGGUCAAGCUGGACGCCGUCUUAACACUUGAGGAUGUCUCGUUGAUGGACCACCUCAGGCAGAGAGGUUUGUCUUGUUUCAACGGUCGUACCAUAUGUGUCUUGUUACAGUGGUUAAACCAUAUGUGUCUUGUUACAUUGGUAAACCAUAUGUGUCUUGUUACAUUGGUAAACCAUAUGUGUCUUAUUUCAUUGGUCAAACCAUAUAUGUCUUGUAACAUUGGUCAAACUAUGGGUGUCUUGUUACAACGGUCAUACCAUAUGUGUCUUGUUACAUUUGUCAAACCAUAUGUGUAUUGUUACUUCUGUCAAACCAUAUGUGUCUUGUUGCAUUGGUCAACGCAUGUGUCUUGUAACAUUGGUCAAACCAUGUGUGUCUUGUUACAUUGGUCAAACCAUAUGUGUCUUGUUACAUCUGUCAAACUGCAUAUGUCUUAACUACACAGAUGUGAAGACAUGUUAAUGUCUUGAACACUGAUGAUGUCUCGCAUGUCUCGAACACACAGGGGCAUUUAACAUUGGAAAUCAGUUGUAGUGAAAUCUUAACAAAAUGAGUAAAUUUGUAAAACAUACAAACACAUUUCAUACUGCGAAAAAAGUAAAGUUAUUAGAACUGCUGGGUACAGUGCUGAUGAAGGGGAGAGACAGCAAUCAGGUUAGAGAAAAUUAAAUUAGUAAAACAAAGAUUUUGAAAACCCGGCAAAAGGAACGCAACCCCCCCCCCAAAAAAAAAAACAACAACAACAAAAAAACAACUAAAUUUGUAAAACAUAACAACACAUUUCAAUAUGCGAAAAAAGUAAAGUUAUUAGACAUGCUGGGGACAGUUCUGAUGAAGGGGAAAAACAGCAAUCAGGUUAGAGAAAAUUAAAUUAGUAAAACAAAGAUUUUGAAAACCCGGCAAAAGGAACGCAACCCCCCCCCCAAAAAAAAAAAACAACAACAACAAAAAAACAACAACAACGAACGUGUCGGCAGGAAGCCUUCGUCAGCGAAUACAAAACAGAAAAAAACCAGAGAGCAGCAGCAAAAGAAUAAUUAUUUCGCUUGCGGCCAAAACUCCUCCCACUUUGACCACGUCACAGCUUGAAGAACUUUGAAACGACAAAGUCUCUUUACGUUUUGAUGUUUGCUAGAAGAUGAAGUUAUUUAGCAAAUCAAAAUUAUCUUUUUUUAUCAGGCAUCCACACCAUCUGGUCCGGCAUGCAUCACAAAUAUGGAUCUCUUUUGUGGGACGACCUUCGACCUCGGAUGGUGAAAGGAUAUAUCGGGUAAGCUUUGGGUCUAUUCAUCAGUUUUAAGCUUCACAGACAGUUCUAUGCGUCACAGACAGUUCUAUGUGAAGCAGACUGUUCUAUGUGACAGCAGACUGUUCUAUGUGACAGCAGACAGUUCUAUGUGAAGCAGACUGUUCUAUGUGACAGCAGACUGUUCUAUGUGACAGCAGACAGUUCUUUGUGACAGCAGACAGUUCAAAGCGUCACAGAAAGUUCUAAGCGUCACAGACAGUUCUAAGCGUCACAGACAGUUCUAUGUGACAGCAGACAGUUCUAGGCGUCAAAGACAGUUCUAUGUGACAACAGACAGUUCUAUGUGACAGCAGACAGUUCAAAGCAUCACCGACAGUUCUAAGCGUCACAGACAGUUCUAUGUGACAACAGACAGUUCUAAGCGUCACAGACAGUUCUAUGUGACAGCAACAGGUCUAUAUGAAAGCCUCAAUUCUUUGUGACAGCAACCGUUCCAUGUGACAGCAACAGUACUUAGGGACAGCAUAAACAAGUUUGGGAAAUCGAACAGGAUCUUUAACAACUUGAGACUCAUUUUUGGUGCUAACAAAAUUGUAGCACCCCUGGGCUCAAAGUAGAAUGAUACAAGUAUUAGUGAUCUUUAUGGAAGCAUAUAAUUAUUUCCACUAGCUUUGAGCAAUCCUUUAUAUGUCUGUGUAUCUGACUCUGGUAAUAGACGUCCAUGGAACCAGUACAGGUAGCUAUUCCCUAAACUCAGAACAUUUUCAGACCCAACGAACCCUACGGAUGGAAAAGGCGAGGUUACGCCUUCGAUCAAAGCUCUUACAGACUUGGAAACAAGACGUGCGGCUACUUGACUCUUGGGGCUAGUGACGUCAGGAGCGGACGCACCAGGCGUGAGGUCCAAGACGCGUCUAAAACUGUCAAGUCAGCAGCUGUCACUGACAGGCCUGGGAAACCUAGUCCACAAGAUCCCCAGUCAAAGUCUCUCCCAAAGGCGUUAGAAACAAUCCCAUCAUUACUAGAUCUCUUAAUGGCAGACCAGAAUUUACGGGUAAGUUUUAAAACAAAAAUGUGAUUAGAUAUGUUUUAGUGCUUGGCAAAUGAAAAAAUGCGCAUUCUUUCUGAUGUCUUUGACGGCUAUUCUCAUCCAGCGUCAUUACUCUCAUGCAAUGAAAUAGAACACGUUCUUUCUGAAAGUUGAGUUGGGUCCUGACUGAUCCGAGGCGUAGCUAGAGUGUCUGUCGCCCAGGGACAUCUGCCCCCCUCUUACCCCCCCUUAGCUACGCCUCUGUGACUGAUCACUGACAAUGACAAAUCUAGUAUUUCUGUUGUUUAAAGAUUCAGAUGUAUUCAGCUUGUCUUUCUCGUCUCAUGAAGCAUCUGUCAGUAAAGCUUACAAACAUAUUUUCGAUAUUAUUAAAUGAAUUGUCACUAUAUGUGCCCACUUUCGAUAUUGUCAUUAGAUCCACCCCUGACUAAAUAAAUCAGCUCUUUAUGAACCAAUGUAAAAUCAUGACAUCAAACACAUGUUAGCUAAUGUAGACAUGAAUGCAGUAAUUUACACAACUGGGAUGUCGUUUGGGAUGUCGUUAGGGAUGUCGUUAGGGAUGUCGUUUGGGAUGUCGUUAGGGAUGUCGUUAGGGAUGUCGUUAGGGAUGUCGUUAGGGAUGUCGUUAGGGAUGUCGUUAGGGAUGUCGUUUGGGAUGUCGUUAGGGAUGUCGUUAGGGAUGUCGUUAGGGAUGUCGUAAGAUAAAUAAAGUUGAAAGUCGCAGCAAGUUGUUAAUGAUAACAAAUAGUUUUCAUCCUUAAAAUUUAAGAAAUACACAUGUAACUAAUCCAAUUGUCUUACAAAUCCCAUUGUCUGACUAAUCCCAUUGUCUAACUAAUCCAAUUGUCUAAAUAAUCCAAUUGUCGCACUAAAACUAAUCCAAUUGUCUAACUAAUCCCAUUGUCUAACUAAUCCCAAUGUUUAGCUAAUCCAAUUGUCUAACUAAUCCCAAGGUCUAACUAAUCCCAUCGUUAGGGAUGUCGUUAGGGAUGUCGUAAGAUAAAUAAAGUUGAAAGUCGCAAGAAGUUAUUAAUGAUAACAAAUAGUUUUCAUCCUUAAAAUUUAAGAAAUACACAUGUAACUAAUCCAAAGGUCUAACUAAUCCAAUUUUCUAACUAAUGCCAAUGUCUAACUAAUCCAAUUGUCUGACUAAUCCCAUCUUCUGACUAAUCCCAUUGUCUAACUAAAACUAAUACCGAUCUAACAAAUCCAUUGUCUAACUAAUCCCAAUGUCUAACUAAGCCCAUUGUCUAACUAAUCCAAUUGUCUAACUAAUCCCAUUGUCUAACUAAUCCCAAUGUCUAACUAAUCCAAUUGUCUAACUAAUCCCAUUGUCUAACUAAUCCCAAGCUCUAACUAAUCCCAUUGUCUAACUAAUCCCAUGGUCUAACUAAUUCAAAUGUCUAACUAAUCCAAUUGUCUAACUAAUCCCAUUGUUUAGCUAAUCCCAUUGUCUAACUAAUCCAAUUGUCUGACUAAUCCCAUUGUCUAACAAAUCCAUUGUCUAACUAAUCCAAUUGUCUAACUAAUCCCAUUGUCUAACUAAUCCCAAUGUCUAAGAAAUCCCAUUGUCCAACUAAUCCCAUUAUCUAACUAAUCCCAUUGUCUAACUAAUCCCAAUGUCUAACUAAUCCCAUUGUCUAACCAAGCCAAUCCAAAUGUCUAACUAAUUCCAAUUUCUGACUAAUCCCAUUGUCUGACUAAUCCCAUUGUCUAAGUAAUCCAAUUGUCUGACUAAUCCCAUCGUCUGACUAAUCACAUUAUCUACCAAUAAUCCUGUCAUCUCUCGGUAAUCCCUUCCUCUCAUUGUAAUCUCAUCAUUCCUCACAUUGGACUUGUGUCAAAACAUCUCAAAACUCAUCGAUUUAUUUUACUUAGGACAAAAAUUCGACCACUUCAAGCAACACAGUCACUGUCACAGCUACACCCUCGGGCAUCCGUACAACACCAUCAACCACGACUACCACAACGACCACUGACCUGUCUGACCUGGAGGAUAACGAGAACCACCACCCCAUGCCAACCACACCUCCUCCACUCCCACUGAGGGAGAUCCCGUCUCGAGUGUCGACCCUCUCCCCCGCCAACUCCACGGUCCAGUCUGCCAAGGGCACCUCACUGCCCGCGUCCACGUCCUCGGCCUCCACCACGCCGCAGCCUAACACUGUGGUCGACGACUUCCUGAACCGACCUCUGGACGCGGGGCUGGACACCCACGGCGCUGAGCUCAUCGGACACGACGACCUCCUGCCUAAGCCGGGCGAGCCGAGCAUUUCCUUCAACACACAUGAUCGACUCGCCGUCCAGGCCAGAUCUUCCAUCGCGUCUUCGGAGAGCGUUGACAGCAACGAGGCGGCCAAGGCGACCUCGAUGAAACAGACGGUCGACACUCGUCAAAAAAUAAACACUUCUGCCAAUGUCGUUUUGAAAAAUGCAAACGCAUCCAAUCCAGAAUCCACGACUGUUUCUACGGUUUCUAGAACUACGCUUAUCACCACACAAGGUCGAGUGGUGUCUACUCCACAACAACCACUACCCACCAGUACAAGUGGCAUCAUGAAAACAAAAGAACUAUCGUCCACCUCGAUGACGGCAGCAGCAGAAAACACAACGCUAUCGACAUCUCAAACACCAGAUCACGUUUCUACAAGAAGUACUUUGAAUUUAGAGACUACAGGUUCUCAAGUUGUUGAAGACAGCAUGGAAAAGCUGAUGAACGUGACAUCCGGUGACGUAGACAGCAAGAAUGCAUCCACUUCAGAGUUGGAGAACUCCAAAGAAAACUCUGACGGCUCCUCGUCCAGCGAAUCGUCCACAGUUGUCCAGUCAACCACAGAGCUGCCCAGUGUCACUGAAACGUCGUCCGGCUUCGCAUUCACGGGAGCACACACAGGUCAUCUGACUACAGCUUCCAAUUAUGACACAAAUGAAACCACCACCACAGAAGACGAUGAUCCCAGCCCAACACCCUUCUCUGCGCUUACGACACCAACCCAAAGCAACCGUGUAUUACUUGACAACACAUCAGCAGAAGGAGUCACAACAUCAGCAGUCGGAGUCACAGCAUCAGGAGUCGGAGUCACAGCAUCAGGAGUCGGCCCUCUCACCACUAAUCCGGUUUCAUUCACAAUGACACCUCCGGAUAUCCAGGUUAAAGACACCGACAGCAAAGAGAUUGGAUCUAGUUCAGAAUCCAUGGAUAUGUCAAUGGAAGACAUGGUGAGCUCGGAGGAGCUCGACUUUUCUCCCAUGAGUAAAUACUCUUCAACAACGUUACCGUCUGACAUCGUAACAAGCACCGUGACCUUUGACCCAAGCACAUCCACCACACAGACCACGGGAACAACCCCACAAAACAAUGAGCCACGACAAGAUACAAGGGAUCGACCCCAAGAGCAGUCCAAGGGGGUCACGGUGGAGAAAGACGCCCAGAUCAUUCCCGUGACCGAUUCUCGUGAUUCUUCAUUAGAUUCCUCCGAAGAGCAGACAUUUCCCAACACUGUGAUGAGAGAACCGGUGACUCCAACAGACAUUAUGGCGCUAGGGGACUGUGAGGAGGAACGGUCUUCUGUCUGUGUUACCGAGGCCAUUGAAAGUUUGUCUCUAGGUGAGUGACUUUAAAGAGCUUUCAAUAAUAUGAUAAAGUGAGGAUGUGGUGAGCGUAUGAUAAAGUGAGGAUGUAGUGGGCGAAGACAGUGUGAGGAUUUAGUGGCCGUGUUUGCUCGAAAACUCCCGACCAUUAUGCUAUCCUUAUUUUACCAUAGAAUAGUUGACCAUUGAAAAUAUUAUUUAAUCAUAACAUCAUCUGGCCACAUUGGAAACGAAUAAGCAAUAGCCAAAAAUAUAUUGGUUGAAGAAGAUCAAAUGAAAAAUCCACAAGGCCUAGAGACCCACAAGGUCAGACUUUGAAGAUAGACUACCCCACUAGUGCAGUUUUUUUUUUUUUUUUUUUUUUUUUUUUGGGGGGGGGGGGAAGGGAACCCUUACAGAACAAUGUUUUGUAUUAGUUUGUUUGGACUCAUGAAUAUGUAACACUUGACAUAUGUGACAUAUGACAUGUAAUGCACGCAAAUCAUUAGCUCAAUGUUCACAUGUCAAUCAUGUGACGUCAUCACCCACCUGUCACUUCUCAGUUAGCCACUGUGACAGGAACUGGUUCGGUCAUCGACUGCUGGACAAGUG